AUGACAUCGCUGCAGAUUCUUAAUCUCAGCAUUAACCAACUCUAUGGGGAGUUGCCGGACACCAUUUCUCGCCUCACUAAUUUAACAUCAAUCUCUCUUUUGAUCAAUAACUUCUCAGGCACUAUUCCGAGUGACUUUGGGAAGUAUAGUAAUCUGAGCCAUGUUAGCUUUUCCUACAACAGCUUCUCUGGAGAAUUGCCACCUGAAUUGUGCAGCAGCUUUGGUCUUCAUAAUUUCACAGUGAAUAACAACAACUUCACAGGGCCAUUGCCAGAGUGCUUGAGAAAUUGCAAGCAACUAAAGAGAGUGCGGGUUGAUGGGAACCGAUUCAAUGGAAACAUUACAAAUGCAUUUGGAUUUCAUCGAAAUCUUAGUGUGAUUUAUCUUAGUGACAAUCAAUUUGUUGGUGAAAUCUCAGCGGCAUGGGGAGAAUGUGAAUCUCUCACUAAUUUGCAGAUGGACAGAAACAGAAUUUCUGGGAAAAUCCCAUUAGAGCUUGGAAAGUUGACUCGACUGGAGGUUUUGAAUCUGGACUCCAACGAAUUGUCCGGGGAAAUUCCAACUGUACUUGGAAAUCUAAGCCUGCUGUACAAGCUCAAUCUGGGCAGGAACCAUUUGACAGGAGAGAUUCCUCAGAGUCUAGGCAGUUUGACUGAACUUAGCAAUCUUGAUUUGUCUAGAAACAGUUUGACUGGGAACAUACCAAAAGAACUUGGGAACUGUGGUAAAUUAUUGAUGUUGGACUUGAGCAACAACAACCUGUCAGGGGUAAUACCAUCCGAGCUUGGUAACUUACUCAGGUUGCAGUUAUUGUUGGACCUCAGCAGCAAUCGACUCUCAGGAAAUAUUCCUCAAAACCUUGCGAAGCUUUCAUCAUUGGAGAGUCUUAAUGUGUCACAUAACCAACUUUCAGGGGAAAUCCCAUUAUCGUUUACUGGCAUGGUUAGUCUACGCAACACCUCCAUCGAUUUUUCAUACAACAAUUUAACAGGUUCGAUCCCAACUAGUACAGUUUUCAAAGAUGCACCUGCGAAAGCUUAUGUUGGAAACUCAGAUUUGUGCGGAGAUGCAGAAGGACUAUCUACUUGUUACACAGAUUCCAGAAAGAAAAAACAUUCUAAUACAACUCUAUUAGUUGUCCUCGUUCCUAUCUGUGGCCUAUUGCUGCUUGCAAUCAUUGUUGCUGGACUCAUAAUAUGUUAUUGGAGGACAAAACCCCUUGAUGGAGAAAGCAUAGCAAUUUUAGAGUUUGAGCAGAAGGCUGAGUCACUGAUAUGGGGAAGAAAAUGUAAAUUCACAUUUCGGGAUAUCGUGAAGGCCACGGAAAACUUCCAUGAGGAGUAUUGCAUUGGAAAAGGAGGAUUUGGAAGCGUUUACAAAGCGGCAUUGCCAACAGGUCAGAUUGUUGCAGUUAAAAGAUUUAACUUGUCAGACUCCGGUGACAUCCAAGCGACCAGUCUUAAGAGUUUUGAGAAUGAGAUUCGCAUGUUGAUAGAAGUCAGGCACCGCAAUAUCAUUAGGCUUUAUGGGUUCCGUUCCAUUAGGGGGUGCACGUACUUGGUUUAUGAAUACGUAGAGAAAGGCAGUUUGGGAAAUGUAUUGUAUGGGGUGGAAGGGAAAGCAGAACUUGACUGGGGUAGACGACUGAAAAUCGUGCAAGGUGUGGCUCAUGCAAUUGCUUACUUGCACCAUGAUUGCUCUCCUCCAAUUGUGCACCGGGACAUAACUGUGAACAACAUAUUGUUGGAGUUAGAGUUCGAACCGCAGCUCUCAGAUUUUGGCAUUGCAAGAUUGUUAAGUUCAGAUACCACAACAGUUGCUGGGACUUAUGGCUACAUGGCUCUGGAAAUCGCAUUCACGACGACGAUAACAGAUAAAUGCGAUGUUUAUAGCUUUGGAGUGGUGGCAUUAGAAGUUAUGAUGGGAAGGCACCCAAAGGAGCUCUUAUCUUCCCUGUUAUCGUCCAAAUCAACAACGGCAGUAUUAGACAAUACAUAA